UCAAGUUCCUAUAAAAGUGAUGGCAUGAUGAAGCCACGGAAGCUGAGCUUUGUGUUGGUAGUGCUUUUUGCGUCAUGUACGAUAUAUCGGUGGUAUAGUGUGAGUCACACCGCCAUCGAAAUUCCCUUACACCAACGUGGCCUCUACCACGUCAACCUCCAAACUCAUCCCGUAGCCUUCGUGUUUACCCUGUGUACAGGCGGCUCUCGGUCGGUGGCGAUCGCUGGCGUGACGACAGACGAGCGGCAGCUGCGGCAGACUAUCGUGCUGCUCAAGUCUGCCGCCCUCGCCACCCGCACCCGCCUCAGGUUCAUCUUGCUGAGCGAUGACAUUGAUAUAUACAAGAAAGUCUGUUCAAAAAUAACGCAAUGGCCUUCGGAAUACUCGACCCGAGUUUCAUUAGAAUUCAGACAAAUAUACGUUCCGUCGGACUCCUCAAUACUGGAAUUGUACGACAAAUGCUCGACUGAGCGAUUGUACCUGCCGCGAGUGUUGCCAGACGUCGAUGCUGUCGUCUACCUCGACACUGACAUGAUAUUCCUCCGUGCGCCUGAACUACUGGUCAAGAAGUUCCAGCUCUUCGACCAAACGCAGAUAUUUGGAAUGGCUCCCAUGGAUGGAUACUACUCGUCGCAUACCACCCAAGUGCCGUUCGUGGGUAAGGGUUUUUGUGGCGCUCCGCUGCUCGUAAACUUGACACGCUGGAGGCAGAAGCCUUUCGAAGAGCAGACAUUGGAGGACAUCAUGACGGCCUUCAGAGACCGCAUCCAGUCGGGGGACCAAGAUGUGCUCAACAUGAUACUCAUUGAGAAGCCACACCUGCUUCAUCAGCUUGGAUGUGAGUGGAGCAGCCAUAUGGAGCAGUGCAUGGAAUCCGACUAUCGGUGCCCUCGCAUACAUAAUGUGGGGUUCUCCAUUCUGCACGGCUUCAGGGGGCGCUUCUUGACCGACGAGUACUUCAACUAUCAUGCAUUCAACAGGAUGACGUUCCGUGCCUGGGAGGAGCACGCCAUGGGAGCCCCUCUAGGCGCCCUCGUGUCCGACCUGCUGGCGUCAAUGAGAAAGGCAGAGCUGGAACGCAGAGGCAAUGACGGUUCACCAUAUUUUGGAGCACAAUUCUGCAGAUGCCUGAUGAAGUCCUUGUUUAUGUCCUUCUUGGAUGGAAAUUCAAACGAGAAAUUUAUGGACGGGAUCGAAGUGUUUUGCAAUGCCAAACGAAGUUAGUGCAGAUUCAGGUAGAAGCUGUGAAUCAGUCAAGUAUUUCUUCGAAUCAGUGAUGGUGAUAUCAUUUAUUCAAAGGCAAUGGGUCGAUUCCGUUGUGAUCAGAAGCCAAACUAAGCUUGCCAGGUCAUCCGUCAAUUCGAUUCUCGUUUUUCAAAAGACCGCAUAGCGAUAUUUCUAACCUAAUUCCUUAUGUGAUGACCCAUGUUCAAUAGAGCAGAUUGCUUUUCUCUAGAAAUCGCUAUCCCAAGUAGUAGUAUAGAGAACGAAUGUAUAAGCAAAGUUGAGCGCAGCGCGUACCAAAUGGCUAAAAAUAACGGGUUAGAGUCCAUUUACCCACGAUUAACCAAGCACUCACAAUAUUUUUAAACCACUGCAGUUGGUAAAGUUUGGGAACAAUUCGUUCCUAAAAACAUGGUGCUUAACCUAGGGCUAAUGUCCUACUCAAUCACGAUAUUAGAUACUUCUUUGGGAUAUAUAAUCGAUUUAAAUGUUUUACAUACACUCCAGAACUGGGGUGCUCAU